AACUAAAUAACAAAACACGUUUUGGUUGAAACAAACAUGGCGGAGAACAUGGACCCACCAAAAAAUGAAGAUACGUGCGACGAGACGGCUACAAAUGGAGAAAAGAACGCUACUGAAGGGAGCAGUAUAGCGCAAACUGAUUUAGGUCCUGCCGGUGAUUUAGAGGAACAACCUUCAACCAGUCAGCAAGGAGCAAUAGGCGGAGCAGAUGAUGGAGGGAAAGACAAGAAGAAGAAGAAGAAGAAAAAGAAGAAGGGAGAUGUGGCUUCAGGGGGUGCCUCAGGAGGGGUGGACCAGAUUGAUGCCCGGCUAAGUCAGAAUCCUCAAAUAUCCAUGUCAAAGUUAAAAGCUGCCAUGGAGUUGUUUGUACCUCAGGGCCCUGCUAAGAAUAUGGAUGAAGCCAAGAAAAAGACCUACAACUUCUGGGAAACACAGCCUGUUCCAAGUUUGGAGGAGACCGUUUCUGUUGAAGUAAAUAAAGCUGUCGAAGCAGACAAGACUGAUAUUAGGAAGGAACCCUACUCGUUACCACAGGGAUUCUCAUGGGAUACUCUAGAUAUACAUAGUGAAGUGGAGCUCAGAGAAUUAUACAACCUCUUGAAUGAAAAUUAUGUUGAAGAUGAUGACAAUAUGUUCCGUUUUGAUUACUCUGCCGAAUUUCUUCAGUGGGCCUUAACGCCACCAGGUUGGUUAAGGGAAUGGCACUGCACAGUACGGGUUGAUGCAAACAAGAAACUAGUUGGGUUCAUUAGUGCUGUACCGGCAAGGAUAAAGGUCAAUGGCAAAAUUGUAAGAAUGGUAGAAAUCAACUUUCUGUGUGUUCACAAGAAGCUGAGGUCAAAGCGUGUUGCACCUGUACUCAUCCGUGAGAUCACGAGGAGGGUCCAUCUCCAGGGUAUAUUCCAGGCCGUCUACACAGCUGGCGUUGUUCUUCCCAAGCCUGUCUCAACGUGCAGAUACUGGCAUAGAUCACUCAACCCUAAGAAGCUAGUAGAAGUCAAGUUCUCUCAUAUAGGUCGCAACAUGACGCUACAGAGGACGAUUAAACUCUACAAACUUCCAGAGGAAACGAAAACGCCUGGGCUGCGUCCCAUCCAGCCACAGGACAUGGAGAAAUGUCACAAACUCCUCUCAGAUUAUCUGGACAAGUUCAAACUGGCACCAGUCUUUGAUCUUGAGGAGUUCAAGCAUUGGUUCACCCCUAGGCCAAACAUCGUCAGCGCGUACGUGGCUGAAGUGGACGGUGUCCUGACGGACAUGAUCAGCUUCUACACCCUCCCUUCUUCCAUCAUGCACCAUCCAGUCCACAAGCAGCUCAAGGCCGCCUACGCCUUCUACAAUGUCACCACAAGGUCAACCUGGGAGACGCUCAUGCUGGAUGCUCUCACCCUAGCAAAACAGGAGGACUUUGAUGUAUUCAAUGCUCUGGAUCUCAUGGAUAACAAGGAGUUCUUGGAGAAGCUCAAGUUUGGCAUCGGAGACGGCAACCUUCAAUACUACAUAUACAACUGGAUAUGUCCUACCAUGAAACCUCAAGAAAUUGGCCUUGUUUUACAAUAGUGGAAUGACGACCAAAGUGACAUCCUAAUAAUAGAUUAUAGGUAAUUCUAGAGUGUACCCCAAGCCUUUAUAGAUGGCAACUGCAAUGUAGCUUAUUUUGCUUCUUUUCUUGGCCACUAAGAGUUCCAUGUUCUGCCAAUUGAGGUCAUGGUAUCGUUGGCAAAAAUAUGGUAUUUCUUUAAGAACAGUCAACCAACUUCAUUUGGAAAAUCAUAUAUAGUAGGGGUUUUAGAGACCAAAUGGAAUCCAACCGUUUGACUAUUUUUUGUUUUGUAAAAUCCCUGUAGGCAAUUCCAUUGAUGUAUUAUGUGCUAGAUAAACCCUGUCUAAUAUGCAGCAGCAGUACCAUUUUUACUGCUAUACCUGGCAUUAUUCAAAGUGGACUGAAUAGACCUUUUUUCAUAAUGUAAUCAAAUUUAAUGCACAAAUCUGUCAGUGCCUCGUUGCAAAUCGUUUCAUUCACCUGUUAGGAAUAAUUAUAUUUCGAAAUUGAGAAUGUAUAUUAUGACUUGUCCUACCUAACAACACGUCAUGUAUGCAAUUUGCAUUCUGAAUAUUGAAAUAUAAUUAUUUGUAACAGUCAGGUGAAUGAAACAACUUGUAACGAGGCACUUAAAAAAUUGUGCAUUCAAUUUGAGUGUUUGAAAAUGGCCUUUUUCAGUCAUGGCUAGGCCCCAACCAAGUGGGCGAAAUAGUCCACUGACUUUAAUAUGGCAUGCUAAGUUUUAAACUCUUGAUCCCAUCCAAAUCACUCUUAUUUCCCCUUUUCAUAAGACUUCAAUUUUAUUUUGUGACAGAACUAAGUUUUGUUACAAAUGGACAGCUUGACACUUGUACUCCAUUUGUAAGGGGCAGGGCAGCCAUGUUUUAAAAAAAGUUGUCCACUUUGAAGUAUCCAGACCAGUAGCAUCUAGAGCAGUUAGUAUGAUAAACAAUUAUUUUAACUUUAUGUACCAUGUUUUAAUCAGUCACAUAUUGGGUAUAUGGUAAUAAGUGUGAUUGCCCCUUGAUUACCAAAGUAUAUGUUCCAUGUACUGGUAUUUAAUUCUUGUUCUCUUUCAAAAAGUGUUACAUUAUGCAUUACUUCGUUUACUUUUGAAUGUAUCUUUUCUACCUGUGUCUAUAAUAAUGGGGAAUGUGUUGAUUAUCACUAAAUUAUUUUAUCCAAUUUUUGAUUUACCCAAAUAAAUCAUUUGCAGAAAUACACUCCA